AAAAAUGUCAUCAGAUAACCAGUGGUCAGCAGAUGAGGAUGAAGGUCAAUUAUCCCGGCUGAUCAGGAAAUCUAGAGACUCCCCCUUCGUGCCUGUCGGGAUAGCGGGCUUCAUGGCUGUGGUGUCCUAUGGUCUUUACAAGUUAAAGUACAGAAGAAAUCAGAAAAUAUCCAUUCACCUUAUUCACAUGAGAGUUGCUGCCCAAGGAUUUGUUGUAGGAGCUGUGACUCUAGGUGUUCUCUACUCUAUGUAUAAGGAUUACAUUAGACCUCGGUUCUUCAAUGUGUCCAAAAAGUGAAGCUGCAUACAAAAAAAUAAAAGAAGGCUUCUGGAAACGAUUAUGAAGAAUGAAUUUUCAAUAUAUAGCAAAUUGUAUUGCAGAAGUAUUAGAGUUUUCACAGCCUGGUAUAGAAGUCUCAAUUGUUUAAGAAGUUGACUUCCAACCCAAGAAUCAUAGUCAACUCAAAAAUAUCCUUGAUGAUGUCUUUCAGAACCUAGAGCAUGAUUUUCUGACUUAAAAUUUUUUAUUUUGUGGUUAGUGACAGAAAAUUAUCUAUUUUAUGAUGAACCAACCUUAAAAUUAGGAGUUAGCUAUCCAUAGUGGCUACAGAAAUUUUCUAUAUCCAUAUCAAAAGUGACAAUCUAUUCAUUGCUUAAUUCUCCCCAAAUAACUAAGGCUUUCAUAAACUCGUUUUUAGAAUGGGCAACAAUUACAUCAGAAGAGAAUGGCCAUGCUAUUUAAAUAUGGUUCACCACUGUGCACCUCACCCUUACACAGAAACGUGACUAUUCUAAAAAGAUGUAUUAGACUGUGUUGAACUCAUAACUGUCAUGACUCAGAUUUACUCCCUUCACACUCCAUGCCUGACAGAGAAAACGAACAGCCUGACCAGCACGGUUCAGUGGGUGAGUGUUGACCUAUGAACAUGGUUCGAUUCCCAAUCAGGGCAUGGU